GCCUCUCUCUCCGGCGAGGCGAGCGGCGAUGGGUCGCCUCCGCCGCCGCGACGGGGUCGGUCUCGGUCUCGGUCUCGGUAUCCUCCUCCAUGGGGCUGUGGCCCUCGCGUCGCUGCUCCUCGUCGCCUCCGGCGAAGUCUUCUUCGAGGAGCGGUUCGACGAUGAUUGGGGGAGCCGGUGGGUGAAAUCUGACUGGAAAAAGAGUGAAGGGAAAGCCGGAACAUUCAAACAUACGGCAGGGAGCUAUUCUGGAGAUCCUGAUGACAGAGGUAUACAAACCACCAUGGAUGCUAAGCAUUUUGCUAUAUCGGCCAAGUUCCCAGAAUUCAGUAACAAGAACCGGACAUUGGUGGUUCAGUAUUCAAUAAAGAUUGAGCAGGAUAUUGAAUGUGGUGGUGCUUAUAUCAAGCUUAUGUCUGGUUAUGUCAAUCAGAAGAAAUUUGGCGGUGAUACUCCUUAUAGCUUCAUGUUCGGGCCUGAUAUAUGUGGCGAUCAGACAAAGAAACUCCAUCUUAUUCUGUCAUACCAAGGACAAAACUACCCUAUAAAGAAAGAUCUGAAAUGUGAAACUGACAAGUUAACACAUUUUUACACAUUUAUCCUUAGGCCAGAUGCCUCUUAUAGCCUACUUAUUGAUAAUCGGGAGAGAGAAUUUGGGAGUAUGUACACUGACUGGGACAUCCUCCCUCCUCGCAAGAUCAAAGAAGCUAAUGCAAAAAAGCCAAAAGACUGGGAUGACAGGGAAUAUAUUGAAGAUCCUGAUGAAUUUAAACCAGAGGGCUACAACUCUAUUCCAAAAGAGAUUCCUGAUCCAAAGGACAAAAAGCCUGAGUCAUGGGAUGACGACGACGACGGUGUAUGGAAACCUAGAAUGAUACCGAACCCAGAGUACAGGGGACGAUGGAAACGCAAGAAAAUUAAGAACCCUAACUACAAGGGAAAAUGGAAGGUCCCAUGGAUUGAUAACCCAGAAUUUGAGGAUGACCCAGACCUAUAUGUGCUGAAACCUUUGCAGUAUGUGGGAAUUGAAGUUUGGCAGGUGAAAGCUGGUUCAGUUUUUGAUAACAUUUUGAUUUGUGACGAUCCAGAAUAUGCAAGAAAUGUUGUGGAUGAAAUUAGGGCUGCAAAUAAAGAGGCUGAAAAGGAGGCAUUUGAGGAGGCUGAAAAGCGGAGAAAGGCUAGAGAAGAGGAGGAGGCUCGGCGUGCACGAGAGGAAGGAGAGAAACGAAGAAGAGAAAGAGACCGGAGCCGUGGCAGGGAUCGUUACAGGGAUAAAUAUAGGGGUCAUCGUAGGUACGACUACCAUGACGAGCUAUGAGGUCUCCAAACUAUUCCAUUCUCUCAAGAAACCGCAAGAAGUUACGGGUGGUUAUAUAAUUUCAUCAUCAGUCCAAUCGAUGACUACUAAUAAAAUAGAACAGAUCAUGUCGAUGCGAGAAGAAAGCACACGAGAACACGAAUUGAAGCUGUGAAAGCUACAACAUCCAUUUUUGGCCAGUAGCAAUCGAAAGAAAAAUGUAUUUCUCCCUCUCCCAGUAAUAUAAAUCUUGUUAGUGGCUUAA